AUGUGGGGUGAGGCUGCAAAGCCAAGGUUCGAGCAGGCAGGGGGCGUCCCACGCACCGAGGAAGAGUUUGUCGAUGCUGCAGUGAAAGCUGGUCACCCCAGAAACUUUCAGGACGUGCUGCCAGAAGUGCUCCAGAAGGCCGUCCACAUGCAGGAGACCUUGGACGACCAAGCCCUCGCAAAAAUGAGGACGUGUUGGAUCGCCAAGUGGGCCAAGCGGGCAGAACAGCUCACACACCAAGAAGCAGAGCUAAAGAGGACCUUCGACUUAAAGACUGCGUACCGCCAACUCGCCAUUGCGCCCGAGUCAUCUUGGGCCAGUUACGUAGCGUGCUGGGAUGCUGCGGCUGCAGCACCAAAGAUCUUCAGAAUGCGUGCUUUACCCUUCGGAGCAAGUCGUGCUGUGUACUCCUUCUUGAGAAUCGUAAUGGCGGUGUGGUUUAUAGCUGCUGAUCAGCUUGCAAUACCUUGGACCACCUUCUUUGAUGAUUUCAUUACUUUUUCGAGGAAGGCCGGAAGCAAGCACUUGCAGCGCACAAUCGAAGCUUUCUUCAAGCUGCUGGGCUGGUCUUUCGCAGAAGACGGAGACAAAGCUUGCCCCUUCGCCUUAGACUUUCAAGCCCUGGGCAUUAAGAUAAGCUUGAGUCGAUUCACGGACGGCACAGUGUUUUUCUGCAACACGGAGAGACGAGUGUUGGAGCUGAAGCAAACGCUACAACAAGUCCUUGAUUCUGGUUUCCUCCCUCAGGCCCUCGCGCUGAAGUUGCGUGGUAGGAUGCAGUUUGCUGAUGGCCAGCUGUUCGGAAGGACAGGAAGAGCCUGCAUGCAGGCAGUAACCUCUCACGCGUGGGGUGAUAAUGGGCCGGAACUAAGUCAGCCUGCGCGCCUAGCGAUCAAGAAGUUCAUGUCCAGGUUGUGUGCUGAUGCUCCACGCGUCAUUUCAGUCAUGAGCCAAGCUCCUUGGUUCGUCUUCACGGAUGCAUGUUAUGAAGCGGGGCAUGCCAGCUGGCCUUGUGGUUUAGGGGGUGUCCUUUUUGAUCAACUAGGAAGUGCUGUCGACUUCUUCUCUGUCGGGUUGGGGGCAGAAGAAAGGAGGUUGCUAGGCGAAGGCCGCUCCUCCCAGAUCAUCUUCGAGGCUGAGCUGAUGGCGCUCGUAGUAGCUCUUCGCAAGUGGGGGCCCUUGUUGUGCACGCGACUCGUCAUGUGCUACGUCGACAACAAUGCCACACGCGACGUAGCAAUAUCGGCUACAGCGAGAACAGCGGUCCCGUCUGCACUUGUGGAAAUGUUAGUCACCAACGAGGAAUGCAUGGGAUUUUACCCAUGGUAUGCCAGGGUACCCUCUCCGUCGAAUGUAGCUGAUAGGCCUUCGCGGGAACUACUCAAUAGCUUCGUGUGGAAAGGUGUCAGCCUGCCGAAUUCCAGCGUGGAAACCGAGCUUCGGGAAUGCUUUGACCAGUUAAGACAGUUGACGGUAAAAUAG